CCAGCCAGUGGAUAAAAGAAAAGCCCUUGCUUAUCUAGCAGCUUCACUCAUAACAGAACGAGUUGUGAAACCCUUGUGCUCAGUUACUAGGCUUUUACUCCGUGUGCUUUUUGCGAACUAUCCUGACGCGCGUAUUCGUGCUCUCACCAGCGCUACCUUCAUCCUCCAGCGGUGUUAGACGUUCUCGUAGGCGUUAUGGCGAUCAUGGCUGUUGUUAUUAUCGUGGGAUUUUAUGCAGCUCUCACCACGACCGUCGCUGUGGCCGGUUAGCCGACAGAAAUCCUAAGGCGGCAGCAUGGCGAGCGCACUCCUGUCUGCCAAUAAUCGCCUGCUGCCAUGAUUUAUGGAGGAGUCUUCCGUUCCUGCUUUAUUCUUGAAGUCAAUGAAGUAGUUCUUGAUCUAUGGCUGCGGAGGAGCCUUCUAUCGUCACUCGGGGACUUCAUGUCUUCACACAAUUUUCCUCUCCGUUCCAGCGUCGACGGAGACAGUACCUUGAUCUUGAUUGCUUUCAAGAUCGUGUGCUACCUCGCUGCCAUGCCUAGCACGCCUAGCAUGCCUUUUUUCUCUCCUUCCUACGCUCUGUUGUUAUCUUCUGUAUUUUGUAAUUUAUGAGGGAGUGAUUGCUACCUUUCCUCUCUUGCCCAACAAUCAUUUCGUCCUGCCUCCCCUUGGUCACUAGCCACCCAACCCAUGCAUGGGGUAGAGUGACUCACAACGUGUUUACUACGUCAGCUGAUUCCUCUAACCGAAAGAAGUUGC